CUGCCGUUCAAUGCACACUAAAGAAAAACGAAAAUUAAAUCUCUGGUCAUUGUAGUCUUCGGUGUUUUGAUUAAAUCUAAAGCGAAUUAAAAAAUACCAACGUUCAUAUUGUUUUAACUUUCGCUAGGAUCGCCUCAAAAAUUGGGUUUUUUUUAAGUGUGCGCCAUAUUCUGCACUAAAUCAUUGCCCAUGGACACACAAUGUUUCCAAAACUGCUGAAUACUUGCUGGGAAAUUAAACGCAGGAAAACAGUUUGGGGUGCUGGGGGGAUAUUGGACCAGACGGAGAACAUGGUGGACCAAUAGCAAGCCCGCCAAGACGAGCCGAAAGAGUCAAAGAAAAGACGGAAGUUCGACAAGAGUGUCCAUACUGAGGAAUGGAAAAUCCUGUGUCGGAAACGUCUUCAGAGAAAAUUGAGUCAACGGUAACACGUGGAUUAAACGACAGUGUGACCAAAUGCUCCAUUUGUUUGGACAAAUUCCGAACACCCAAGAGUUUGGCGUGCUUACACACGUUUUGUCAGACAUGUCUUGCUCGGUAUAUCAAAGAGUUCUUUCAGAGAGAGCAGAGUUUGUCCUGGAGUGGCUUUCCUUGUCCGACUUGUCGCACCACCGCGACACCGACAGAUGCCACUGUGGAUGUCGCUGUGUGGGCCGACCAGUUCCCCACCAAUAACUUCAUCCUGAGUGUCAUGGACAUGGCCAAUUUCGAAAAAGCGGAGAAAGUUUGUGAACCAUGUGAAAGGCAACACAAGCGCGGUGUAAGAGCUGAGAUGUGGUGUAAGCUUUGUAAAGUAUGUAUGUGCAUGGACUGCCUGUCGUUCCACAACGCCAUGUUUCUUGAUCAUCAUCCUUUAUCGAUAUCAGAGGCUAAGGAGGAGCCUGCCUUGCUUGCUGGGGGACAGGGACUGUUGUGUUCCCGCCACAAGGAAAAUCUCAAUUUGUUUUGCAACGACCAUCAAGUUCUUGCGUGUUCUUCUUGUAUUGCAGUCGAUCAUCGGCGUUGUCUUCGAGUGAUUACAGCAGAGGAAUAUGCCCACGAAUUAAAAUCCUCAAAAGAAGCAGAAAGAGUCGUCCAAGAGUUCAAUGAAUGUUUUUACUGCCUAGAAAAUAUCAUCCAAGAAAAUUUGCAACAGAGCGCUCAUAUUUCUAACCAAAAGCAAGAAAUUAUAAACACCAUUACUGACUGUAGACGACAGAUUAACGCCCAUCUGGACGAAAUUCAGAACCACUUUCUGACUAAACUCAAUGAUACCCAUAAGGAAGAGGCCGAUAAAAUUGAAAUGCAAAUUCGAGAAAUCAGACAGCUGCAAACUGCUGUUGAGCACUCAAAGAAGAUGGUUGAAGCAGUUUUAAGGUAUGGUGGAGAUUCACAGGUGUUGUCCACGUUCUUGAAAGCAAAGACAACAACAAUGGGAUAUAAACAGAAAUCUAUCGAAACGUAUGAGAAAACGGAAAAUGUGGAUUAUUCUUUCCAACUCAAUGCACAAAUACGGAAAUUACCCUCUUUUAUCAGAGACUUUGGCGAAAUGAAUGUGGUAAGAGCAAAACGGGGAGUUCCCAAGUCCGUUUCCAAUAUGAAACAAAUGUUUGAGAGGAAAGCGACCGAAAUCCAUAAGUUUUACGUCAGGCUCCCGUCAGAUAGUAUAGACUGCGUCAUCACAAGCGGUCUGUACCUCUCCGACGGUCGGCUCAUUAUAUGCGAUUUUCAUAAUCGCUGCGUCAAAAUGUUUUUAGACACAGGGGUCUUCAUUACAAAAGUUCUCUUGCAGUCCGAACCGUUUGGUAUUUGUAAGGUCGACGAUGAUAAAGUUGCAGUCACUGAACCUAAUAAUCGAGAAAUCAAAAUCAUAUCAACUACAGAUGACAAUAUGACGGUGAUCAGAUCCCUAAAUCUUGACAAGGUAUGUUAUGGGAUCGAAAAAUUCGAAGACGAACUUGUAGUCCUGCUGCCAAUGGAGAAGCCUUUCCCUUGCUUAUGUACCGUCUCCAUGAAUGGUACAGUAACGAACAUGGUGAAGAAAGACAGUACCGGUCAUGCAAUGUUUGAACACAAACCCUUUCAUCUCGCCGUCAACAAUCACACACACGAUAUCUGUGUCACUCAGAAAACGACAGCAGUCCACGACAAACGUGGACUGGUCCUGGGAGAAAAUCUCGACGUGAAAUCCGACAUACAUCACGAAGAUAUCCGAUGGGCACGUGGCAUUGAAAUCGACUUUCAAGGGAACUUGUACGUAUGUGGACAAAUGUCGUCGAAUGUAGUUCAGUUCAACCCAGACUGUUCCCAGUCACGUGUUAUUCUGACGGAAUCCUGCGGAAUCCAGCAUCCGGCAGCCAUCGGGUUUAAUCGCAGUAAAUUUUUCUUGACCGAGGUUGGUGAUAACAAAAGAAACUUAGUUAAGAUAUUUGAGAUGGUUUGACAUUGUAAGAUGAUUCUACGAUCUCUUUAUAAUUCUGUCUCUCACAUGCAUGCAUUUUGUACAGGAAUAACGUUAUAAUAACAAAUAUAAAUUUCAACAAUGGUCGCUACUUCUAGCCUGUUUGAACCAUUGACCCCCCUUUUUAAAAAUCUCUUAAUUCAUUUCUAUUUAGUGAGUAUAAUUACGUACAAUAUCGCUUAAAUAUAAGGUCAUAUAGAAGGAAAAGUCAGCUCUUAAACAUAGUCUGUUGUCAGUCCAUGCAUAAUUUUCGUCUGUUAUGAAACAGUUCACACAAGGUACUACAUCAUUUUGGAUCAUUUUAACAAGACGUUUGACUUUCAGUAGGAUGUAACUAUCUUUUUCUUGCAUCAAAACAAGUUAAAAAUGACACUGGUUUCAAGUGAAAUAUGCACAGAUUGAGUAGUCUUGGCUCAAACCCCAGACAAAUCUUGUUGAUAUCAAAGAGCCACGGCUGAGUGGCUAGCAAUGAAACAGACAGGCCUACAUCACAUUGCUUUUUGACACAACUACCCAAAGUCCAAGCUCUUGUUAAAAUGGUUCUAACGAUGUAAGUCAUUUUCAUUAAACGUAACUAUAUGGAUGAGGG